CCAAUCAAAUUACAGAAAAUCAUAAAAUCUUGAGCAGCUUACUUCUGUGCAGGUAUAAAGAAAGUUAUUUCGAAAAGUCUAAUUAUCAUUCAUACCUCAAUUGCCAUUAGAAUUGGACGGAGUGCGGAAAAGGGUAAGAAUAUAAAUAAAUAUGGCAGCCCGAUUUAUCCUCGGAUGUCUCUUGGUCGGUGUGGCCAUGGCUAACGCCAAAACUUUACACGAAAUGUUAAAACGUGAAGCUAACCCAUGUGGACCACCAUGCCCAGCUACUUGUGCACCAGCAUGUACUCCAGUAUGUUGUGCCGCUCCACCACCACCUCCACCACCACCUCCACCACCACCACCUCCACCACCACCACCACCACCACCUCCACCACCACCAGCAGCUCUCCCAGGAAACCCAGGACCUCCAGGACGUCCAGGACCACCAGGAGCACCAGGACCAGCUGGACCACCAGGACUUCCAGGACCCCCAGGAGCACCAGGAGCACCAGGACCCGGUGGACCACCAGGAGCACCAGCACCACCACCAGCUCCAUGCCCACCAGUCUGUGUGCAACAAUGUGUACCAUCUUGUCCACAAUACUGUUGCCCAGCCCGCAAACGUUAAAUGAUGACAAGGAAUUAGAUAUUUUUCAAAUUACUUCUUUUCUUGAACUGAUACUUUUCAUAUGGUUAUUGACACAGACGCGAACAGAUUAGCAUCUACUCGUCCAAGAUAGAUUGAAUGGAUUGGAAUAUAUAUUAUAUUGUUAAAUUAUAGUUUCAAUUGUGUGGGACUUUCCAUGCAACCCGGAAUCUCAUUAUUUUUUUUUUGAAAGAUAUAUGUGAAUUUUAAUGCAUGAUCAUAUGAAAGAAUAAAUAUUUUUCUAUCCAUAAAA